AUGGCCACCACCGACGAGGACAAGCACUCCAAGAUGGAGGUGCCUGGCUCUCCCCCGAGCCUCGACAGCGAGAUUCACAUGGCCGACAACUCUGACGGCCUGCAGCGCCGCCUCAACAAUCGCCAGAUCCAGCUCAUCGCCAUUGGUGGCUCCAUCGGUACCGCUCUCUUCGUCAGCAUCGGUGCCGGUCUCGCCAAAGGCGGUCCCGCUAGUCUUCUCAUCGCCUUUACCCUUUACCCUCUGGUUCUCGGCCUCGUCAACAACUCGAUUGCUGAAAUGACUGUUCUCUAUCCCGUCUCUGGUGGCUUCAUCCGUCUCGCCGGUCACUUUGUCGACGAUGCCCUCGGUUUCAUGAUUGGCUGGAACUUCUUUAUAUACGAGGCCCUGCUCAUUCCUUUUGAAAUUACCGCCCUCAAUCUCGUUAUUGGCUUCUGGGAUAGUCGCAUCAAAGAACCUGGCCCUACCGCUGGUAUCUGCGCCGCCGUCAUCAUCUGCUAUGCUGCACUCAAUCUUCUCGCCGUCCGCGGCUACGGCGAAGCUGAAUUCUGGCUCUCCGGUGGCAAGGUCAUUCUGCUCUUCAUCCUCUUCGCCUUCACCUUCAUCACCAUGGUCGGCGGUAACCCCCAGCACGAUGCCUAUGGUUUCCGUAACUGGAAACACAUUGCCUUCCAAGAGUACAAGUCCACAGGCGCCAAGGGCAGAUUCGAGGGCUUUCUCGGCGCCCUCUGGAGUGCUAGCUUCGCCGUUGUCGGUCCCGAGUACAUUUCCAUGGUCUCUGCCGAGGCCAAGCGCCCCCGAAUCUAUAUCAAGACCGCUUUCAAAACCAUCUACUGGCGCUUCUUCCUUUUCUUCUUUGGCAGCGCCCUCGCUGUCGGCAUCGUCCUCGCCUGCGACAACCCCACCCUCGUCAACGUCCAGCUCGGCGACGGCGGCAGCUCCGACGCCGGCUCCUCCCCCUACGUUAUUGCCAUGCAGGCCAUGGGUAUCCAGGUCCUCCCCCAUAUUGUCAAUGCCCUCAUGCUCACCUCCAUCUUUUCCGCCGGCAACACCUACACCUACUGCGCCACCCGCUCCCUCUACGGUCUCGCCCUCGAGGGUCGCGCCCCUCGCUUCCUCCGCAAGUGCAACAGCCGAGGCGUUCCCAUCUACUGCUUCAUAGUCGUCAUGGCUUUCCCCUUCCUUUCCUUCCUCCAGGUCGGCUCGGGCUCCGCUAUCGUCGUCACCUGGUUCGUUGAACUCAUCACCGCCGGCGGCAUCAUUGACUACAUUGGCAUGUCCAUCACCUUCAUCUUCUAUUACCGCGCCUGCAAGGCACAGGGUCUCGAUCGUAAAACUCUCCCUUACUACGGCCGUUUCCAACCCUACGGUGCCUACAUCGCCAUUUUCAUCCAGCUGCUGAUUAUCCUCUUCUAUGGCUAUACUGCGUUUGCCCGCCCCAUCACAGCCGAAAAUUUCUUCAAAAACUACACCAUGCAGUGUCUCGCUCCUAUUCUGUUCUUUGGCUGGAAGCUGAUCAAGCGCACCAAGCUCAAGAACCCUGCCGAGGUUGACCUCGUCUGGGAGCGCCCCACCAUCGAUGCCUAUGAAAGCCGCUUCACCGAGCCCCCCGUCGGCUUCUGGACCGAGAUGCUGGCCCUAUUUGGCUACAAAAAAAGCAAGGUGCAACAGAUUGAGGGGUAA